AUGUCGGUUGAACCGUCGUAUACUCCCUACGGCUAUGCCCCUACUUUGUGGAUCUGCACCCUGUUCUUGGCACUCUUCUCGUUGAGUACAAUAAUCCACUUGGGUCAAGCCCUCUGGUGCCGACGCUGGUACUUGAUUCUUACUCUUGUCCUCGGUGGUAUCGGUGAAAUUAUAGGAUGGUCAGGCCGACUGUGGUCUGCCAAGAAUGUUUCUUCAUACACUGCCUUCCUCGUACAAAUCUCGACGAGGAUUUUCAGCCUGACAUUUUUAAGUGCUGAAAAUUUCAUCGUCUUGGGGGAAAUAGUCAAUCGCUUGGGGCCUCAAUACAGUCUGAUAUCGGCAAGAGCUUAUGCUUUUAUUUUCCUGUCCGUGGACUUAGUAGCGCUUGUGGGGUUGGGGGGCGGGAUUGCGUCGGCCACAGCGGACUUCAUCAACGGUGACCCAAAUAUUGGAGGACACAUCAUGCUGUUUGAUGCUUUCCAUUGGUCGACUCCGAGCUCCAUGCCAUCUGAGAAGAACCCCGAAGCGAUGUCCGGCAGAGAGUAUGCCUCCUUGACUCCCAGGAUAGCGUCCAUGUUGUGCGGGCUCGGUAUAAAUUCGGUGUUACUGCUCAUCCGGGCUGUUUACCGUACGAUUGAGCUGAGUAACGGUUGGGACGGUAGUAUCAUCCAAACAGAAGUGCGUAUUCGCUUGUUUUGA